UGCAGUUCUGUGUAUGUUGGUUUCCCCAUUUCAUUGUCGGGGGGUAGACUCCUGAGGAGCGGAUGAAGAAACAAAUUUUGCUUUUGUUUACAUUCAGAGGAUUAGUGAGCAAAGGGAAAAGGGGUAAAAAGAGAAAAUGGCCAAUUUUAUAUUACGGACAGCUGAACCAAAGGAUGUCUCAGAUAUCCUGCGACUCAUAAAGGAGCUUGCUAAAUUUGAAGAGAUGGAGGAGAAGGUGGUGCUGACAGAAAAAGAUCUGCUUGAAGAUGGCUUUGGGGAUCAUCCAUUCUACCACUGUUUGGUUGCUGAAGUCCCAAAAGAGAAGAGCUCAGAAGGGUACACUGUGGUUGGGUUUGCUAUGUACUACUUCACAUAUGACCCAUGGAUUGGAAAGCUUCUGUACCUGGAAGAUUUCUUCAUCAUGCAGGAGUUUCGUGGUCUUGGCAUUGGUUCAAAGGUCCUGAAGGUGCUGAGCGAGACGGCAGUGAAGACCCGCUGCAGCGCCAUGCAUUUUAUAGUAGCAGAAAACAACACCAAGUCUAUUGAGUUCUACAAGAGAAGAGGUGCAGCGGAUCUGUCCUCUGAGGAGGGGUGGCGUCUUUUUGCCAUUGAAAAGAAAAAUCUGCUGAAAAUGUCUGCCAAAUAGAGUUUGCCACUCUUAAACUUGUGCUGAUGUUUGGUUUAUUUUUAGUUUUAUUGUUUUAUUUAGGACAGUGCAUGUUAAUGAACAUACAAUUACAUGAAUGUAAACAUACCAGAUUAUAGCCAAGGGCUAAUUUCCAUCUGUGAUAGCAGUGAACUUUGCUCUAUGUGAUCAGUGACUUGGAGCAGCCUCAAUAAAUGCAUUUAUCAAUCAGCUGUUCCAUUCUGACCACAAACCAUGUCUGGGACUUUUGAAGUCAUUGCUAAAUUUACACUGAUCUUGGAAGUUUGGUGAAUGAACACUGAAACGUGAUAAUUACAUGGUAAUAAUCUACCACACAGCUGGAAAGUUUGUGAGACUUGA